GAAUUUUUAACAGCUGAGGAGGUGUAACUAGCCAGGCUAACACUUGUUUGAGGUAAGGUACGCGGGGAACGGCGUUUUUGUUCAAAAGACGCUUGAAAAUUGCUGAGAGAGAACCCUUUCGUCAAGAAUGGCUCUCUCUUCCAGAUGAGUGACCUCAAACUCUGCAAAUACAAAAUCAAUGGAACUGCAUAAAUACAGCUUUGAAUUAACAGAGAGCAAUUACUAUCCUUACUAAAUAGGUCUGUGUGACACAGACCUCUUUGUCUGGAAACAAGUUAUGCUUUGAGACUGAGAAGAGAUGCCUACACAACUGUACAAGCUGCUGCCUUGCUCCAUCAACUGAAAGCUACCAGAAAACGGUUUUUUUUUUGUGUUUAGAGGAUGGGCUACUGAGUCUGUCUGCUCUUCUCUCCAGAACAUUGUAAUUGUGUAUGCCAAGGUGGACAGUAAAUAAUGCUUGCCGAAAAUGGUGCUUGAAUGUGGCAUCACAAUUCGAGGCGUGCCUGAAGGGCUGAGGCUCUCUCUAACAUCUGAAUGACAGUCUGUUGCAAAUAAUGGAUGCCAAGUUAAGAGAGGACCUGUUUCGGAGGUAUGUGACAGCGCUGGAAAAGCGUCUGGAGGAGGGAAGUACAGGGACUGGAACUACACUGGAAGGAGACAAAAACAGACACACAGACAGCGAGGGCCUACUGUCCACAGCGACGGCUCUGCUCGGAGCCUAUCAGCCGGAUCCUGGACAACGAUUUCGCAUGGUGCGUUUCUACGAGAUGGUGGAGAACUCGCUCCGAUGCCAGAGAGGAGGCAACCUCAAGAGCCUGGAGAGGGCCUUCCAUACACUGGAAACCAUCUGCACCAACCUCCUGCUCUUCCCUUGGAAAAAAGAGUUCCGAUGUAUAAAGACCUUCACAGGCCCAUAUGUGUACCAUCUGCAGUCUGCCAUAUCUGACGUUGAACUCCAAACCCUAAUGCGUACCAUUGGAUAUACCUGUGACCAUGAUUCACAGUUCCGAUUGCUGGACCACCCAGGGGACAGCAAUCAUCUCCGCCAGUUAGCGUUUGAGCUGUUCCUGGCCCAGGCAGAAUGUCGUCUCCUAGGGGAGGUAGUGGCUCUCGCCCGUGGUUCAGCCUCGGAGCUCGAAGCUCUGGAGCUCCGCCGGGGUUGUAGAGAUGAUGCGGCUGGCUGCGCUGAAGCGCUGCGCCGACGCGACAGCCUUGGGGUAGAUAUAUCUCGGUUGUCUGUUCGACCAUUGGAUAUAGAAAGGCCUCAUGCCCACCACCUGAGACGAGGAAGCCGACCGUCCAAGUCUGUGGAUGUUACAGAUGGGGCAGGUCACUGGCAUCCAGCUGUUAAUAAGCCUGUUUUGAAGGCAUCAUUGAGUCUAAGGAAGGAGCCUCUGUUUGUGGACGCAGAGGAGGAUAUGAAGGAUGAGAUCAUCAGGCCCAGCACCUCGGCAUCUUUUUUCUCUAUCGCAGCUCCACCCUCCUACAGCCCUGUUGCAGACUUUUUUCCAAUGCAGUCGCCUCCACCAGUCGACCCCUACACAUCCUACAAUAUGUCGACCUUGGAUGACAUUGACCUGUACACAGAGAGGGGUGGUGUUGGGACAGGAGGAAGGCAAACUCCUUCUCGACCACCGUCCAGAGAACCCCGUGAUGCCAGGGAUGGCUGGCUGCUUAAAGCUCAUGGUAGUGUGAAGUGUCAGGGUUGUGGACUGGGAUGCUCCCCAAUGGCGUCCUGUCAGAGGUGUGACAUGAUUCUUUGCCCUGCCUGCUAUGAUAUAGACCCAUCCCCCUGUUGUGGCCUCCAGGACUACCACCUAAAAUCCCCACGCCCGCUUGAUGGAUACAUUCCAGUGAAAGAAAAGCUGUCUGUCUACUCUAAUGCUCAGUCACACCCCCAUCUCCAUCCGCACCCCCUUACCCUGACCCACUCUCAUUCUCAUUCCCAUCCUCACCCCCAGAUGUUGGAAAAACCCCUCAUGCCCACCAAACUGUUUCCCAGUAAGUCGGUUGCUAUGACAACACCAAAGGCUGGGAGCACAGAGCGUAUAAGCAUGGGGGGUUCAAGGUGUGGGUUUUGCAACAAGCCAGGUGCAACACACACGUGCGUAAACUGCUCUAAGGUGUCGUGUGACUCUUGCAUGGGGUUGUAUGCAAAAGAUAUGUGCACACGAAAGAAUCCUCAACACAACUUUGUGCCCAACCAUCAGCUCAACUUUAAAUCUGGCACCAUAUCACACGUGGUGUACCGAUGAAGCAGACAGACAGAAUAAUUCCCUGCAGGCGGCUCCCUUAACAUGUAAUGUAGUUUUGCACUAUUGCUCUGCUUCAAUAGGUCUUUCUUUGGUUUCUGUUUUUAAUCUGGUGGUUUCUUCUCCGACUUGUACAUUCUCACCCACUGACAGUAGGCCCAUGGAAUGCACAUGCCACAGAUUCAUAUCAUUAACCCAGCUCUCUGCUCGGCAUGGGCUGGUAUGAGGUCCUCACGGUAUGAUGAUCUUGACUAAAAAUACAGCUGUGUCACAAACAAUUUAAAACAAACAAUGUUAAACGAAUCAGAAGCAUUAGUUGUUCGCAUCGCUGCUGAAAGUUUGAGACAGUGAUCAUUAUAGGUAUAUCUUUUACAGUUAUUGCUAAAUUUAGUAGUAGUUUUGAACUGUUCCUUCAUCUUUUUAUGGUUCUGGUCUUUAUAAUAGCCAGACUAAUUGUGUGACUAUCUGCACUGGCAGCCAGCCUUGAUAACAGUGACCCUGUUAAACCGUAGGAACAGAAAGACGAACAGUUUUAGUUUUGAAAGCUCAAUUUGUAACACCUUCUUAUACCUCAGUACCUAUAACCGGCCCAUGCCUAGUCUCUGCCUUGUAAAGCUGCAAGCCUUUUCUCUACUAUCGGUUUUAUCAGAUCAUGUGCUUUUGUUGUUGUUGUUGUUGUGCUUCCCAUUGUUCUCAGAUUUUUACUCUACUCCAGGGGAAAACUGGACAAGUUAAUUCAAUUUCAUCUCAUUUUGAAUGAAAUCUGUCCUGAUGAACAUUAUACACUUUGCCUAACUUCGCAGCUAAAGAUUCUUCUAAUAUAUAAAUACAUAUACAUAAAUAGAUACAGUAUAUAUUUAUGUAUGAAUGUGUGUAUGUAUGUGUAGAAAAGACCUCUGAGCUUGCCUAAUAUUAAAGAAAUGUUUGAGAAAACUUGAAAAAACAUAAACACUGGAAGUCAGUAACUGUUCUCUGGGACAAUGUGAGACUGUUAAAUAGGCACGAGGAUGUACAUCUCGCAUAUGCUGGUGUACGGUGGAAGAUAUCCGUAAGAGACGUGUGUUCUAUUUAAAAUAUGCCUUGUAAAUUUACCCUGAAAUAUUUGUGAUUUUUUUUUUUAUGGCUCAGUUUUAAACGCUGCUGUGAACUCGAGACGUUAAAGAUGUUUGGCAUCGAUUUCUGUCAGACAGUUGGUGUCAGAUCCAAGCCUGGUCCCUUUUCAUUACUCCCCAAAAACCCCACAUAACUCAUGAGGCCUCCUCCACAAAUUAGUGAUUCUCCGUCAGUUUCAGGUGGGGGGAAAUGUAAUGCUUGUUAACAAGUCAAGUGACUAAAAAAAAUGUAAAACUGUUUGGUUUUUGGCGGUCUGAAGAUGUGUGCUCCUCAAUGGUUUCUGUCUAUCUCAAUUCACAUCAGCUUACACCCAGUUUGAUAUUGUGGAUUCAAACUUGUCUCUAUAUUCAGAGGAAAAAACACAGAAGAACAAAGCAUUUCAUCAACAAUUUGUCUGUAAUUAAAACGUUGUUUAAUAACCUCAGAAAACCAUCUAGACUUACUAUAAACUGAAUCAGUUUUAGAGGUUUAUUUAGUGAAGGAGAGUUUUUUUUUUUCUUCCAUUUGAAUAAUUUGCAGAUAAAAAGCUGGAAUACAUGUGAAUUCUAAGAACGCAUUAUUUAACCUGGCUACAAAAAUACUUUAAUUUAUUUAAUAAGUAGCAUAACCUGUUUUAAUUUCAUUUUGAAAUUUCUAUUUUGCAUUAAUGAACUGGGUUGCAUUGUUUUCUCCUUUUGGUUAGAUUUGCAAAAGACAGAAACCUGUUGCAGUUCAGUGUAGCACUGACAGCUCAGAGCCUCAUGAUUCAUUUAAACUUCAUCACUUUCUAAUAUAGAGAUAUAUAACAUUAACACUACGUCUUGGAGAUGCACCAAUCAAUCAGCCAGAGAGUGAAACAGGAAUAAUUUUCCCUUGAUCGGCUCUGAUGGAUGAUUGGCAGGUUAGUUCAGUGUAUAGAUGCAUCAGCAAAUGGCAUGUAGCUUGAUGCAUAUAGAUAAAGGUUAGGGAUUAAUGCUUUGAUGCAUAUAUGAGGAUAAUGUUCUUUUUUACGUUUGAUUUAACACUACUGCUACUGUCGAAGAACCUUCAGCAAAUUUGUUAUCCUUUUUUUUUAUGCUAUAGUGCUGAAAAUAAUGGAAUCAGUAGAAAAGGCUUCAAAGAAAAUGGGACAUCAGCAUUGGCCAGGAAAAGCCUGAUUGGUGCAUCUCUUAACUUUUUUUUGUUCUGAAAUGUUACUUUUGAGCACAGCUUGUGCAUUGCAAGUUUACAUGAAUUGAACUUCUUGAAAUCUUUUAGCUUGCUGUAAAACACGGAGCCCCCCUUAGAUCUGUUGUUGGAGAUAUACUGCUUAGGUUUAAGCAUUAGCCCAUACUUCAGUGGGAACUGGUAGUGUUUAUUCUAGUUCUCCAUUUAAAAAGGCUAUAGUUACCAAGGGCUAAUUUUCAGUCACUUCUCAUUAAAAAAAAAGUUAGUCUGAUUCAUUUUAAGACUUCUUGGCUGCUUGAGCCUUUAUGUGCUGUCAGGAUUAACCUCCGAAUGCCUUACGACUGUAUAACUCUCUUAUCAGAGAAUAUUUAGUUAUUUUUUUAAUGUUAUCAAAUAGUAGGUUUUACCAAUCUGUUAGUUCAGUAUUGUUAUUUCAUCUCCAGGCUCCAAUUGUAAAAUUCAUUUGUGCAAUGAAGAAAAUAUGAAACAAAAGUAGACAAGGUUCCAGAUAUUUUUUAAGGUGCAUCUUGAAUUUUUUUAAAGCAUAAUAUUAUACACCUGUAUUGGGGUAAUGUGAUGUAAUGACCAUGUCUAACUAAGAAGUUAAAUAUUUGUUUUCUUUAUGUAGAUGUUAUCUGAACUGAUAUUGGAUUCAGGAAGCAAUGACUAAUUUUGAACCUUUUCGUUCCUUAAAACCUGAAGUCAUGUGUCGUGUCUUAAACCUUUUAAAACGGAUAAAAAAAGGAAUGUUUCGAUAUCAGCUUGAUGUAGGUUGAAGGCUCUCUAAGAUAUGUCAACAUUAGCCAAGCUCAUGUAUCAAAAAGUCUUGUGAUCUUUAGGGAAAUGUGCAAUUUUUUUUUUUUCCAUCCAGCCAAGCCUUUCUAAAUGUUUCAGCAUUGCUGUAUUUCAGUAGCUCUGUUUGCAAAUCAUAACCAGCAUCAACGAGAACUUUCAGAAGUAUUGAGCCAUGUCUCCAGAGUCAUAAUUUUGCCAAGUGAAGAACAACUCUCUCCUUCUCUCUCUCUCUGGAGUGGAAACAAAUAUAUUGUAUAGCUUGUCUGGAUGUAAAGUUAAUGUAACAUAUAAACCUGUGAUUUUUGCUGAAAGUAAGUUUUUGUCUGUAGAUCCUGGGCUACUAAGAAGCCUAGGAAGGAAAUCAUCAACAUAGAAAACCACUUACACUCCAUUUGACGUGGCUCUGACUGUAAACAAUAGAAAGAUGACUUGUGUUGGUCACUACAAAGGGCUAAACAGUCUUGAGGGCUGCCUUUAGAUGGGUUGGCUCUAUUUUAGAAGUUAAAUGAGAAACUGAUGUUGUGGUAGUUUACAUUUAUAAACUAUGAAUUACUGAUUUCUUGGAUGAAAUAAAGUUGUACAUCAAUCUUACUCCAGAAAUACUCAAGACAUUGUGGAAGAUGAUACUCCCUUUACCUUUUUUGUGGUUAUCUAACCAGUAUUAUUACUGGUUGUGUAGUUAGGCUGCCUCAUUCAUCCCCUGUUUCUAUAGCCUUUCUCCUGGCAUGCUUUGUUCAGAACCAUCCCCAAAUCCCAAACACCCACCUACCUUGGCACUAAGGAUCAUCGCACAAUGUGUUUGUGAAGGGGUUGGUAACUUAGGAUCAGUGUGUAGGCAUAAAUGGGGUAGAAAGGGAAAAUAGCCAAAACUGUUAAUUGGUGAACAUUAUAUAUAUAAAUAUAUACAUACACAAAUAUAUAUAUAUAUGAAAAAGAAAUGUAAAUGAGAUUUUAUAAAAUAAUUUGAAGAAUAAAAUUCUAAAAACACAA